AUGGACAAAUUGCAGUCGUCCGUGCAAGCUGAGGAUAUGACGAGGGACUUCGAUGCACUGGCACACAAUGUGCUGGGUGCUGCAAGUCAGCUAUUCCCAUUAAUCAGACGCCCUGCCAUCUUCCUCAAAGGCCUCACGGUUGAGGAACUUAUAAUCGACAACGAUCAACAGUCUAACGCGACUAUUAAUAGUAGAGUCAUCUGCCCCAAUGCUCGUAUCUAUGGAACAUCGAAGAAAAUAAGGACGAAUGUCAAAUUUCGUUGUUGUUGCGACGACUCACCACACAAGUCCUAUCUCGACUACAGAGACAGAAGUCCUGUUCAACGCCUGGCAUAUGACAUCGGGGAAGCCUAUUUAACCUGCCAGGAAAAUUAUGCUAGCAAACCAGACACGGAGCCCGAGUUAGGGAGAUUCGAAGGUUUCCAAACUGACUGGGGCUUCCCUUCAACCAAAGUAAGCACUGUUAUGUGCGAAUCGGCAGGGAUUAAGCGUUCUCUUGGCACCCCUUCAAAAGUUAUGUUAAAACACUACACAGUGGUUUCCAACUUCUCUAUAAGCGAAUCUUCGAAUGUCCCAUCCCGGAGAUGUCCGUUUCCUGACAGAUAUUGCCACCUGACAACUGGCAAUUCUGCAAAUGCUGCAGUUGAAAGGACGAUACUUGUAACAAACCAGACGCGUAUAUCUCAUGAAGAGAACCCGCUCGGCAGGCUCUUUGUGACAUUAGCGAAUGUGUUUCUGGUUGUGGGUGACAGGAGGGCUGGAGAAAGAGAAGCCUGUAACGUAUAUUUCAGUUUCGAUGAGCGCACAGAAGCAGAAUGUUUCGCCCACUAUUUGAAGGUCGCUCAGAUGUCAUUAUUUGAAAAGUUCAUGCACAGCCCUUUAUACGAUGAAAAAGCCAUAUAUUACCAGUAUGCCGGCAAGACGCUGAAAGGUUGUGGAACUACGCUGACGGACUUCCCAGUUUCCGACGUUGACGGAAACCCGGCUAAAUCCAGGUCGUCUCAUGUGGAGCGACUGGACCUACUUCAGUCCCGGAUCUGGGUUCUCGAUUACGACGCAAAUGGCAAGCCAUAUAGUUCUGAAACAGAUUGGGAGACACUCACCGGACUGAGGGUAGUUGAGUCGUUUGAAAGAGCUACUUUUGUCAAAGGGUCUGUGUGUGCCAACGUCUGCCAUGAUAUCCCAGGGCAGAAGAUCGACGGGUUACUUCCACAGAAAAAACUGGCUGUUCUUAACAGUGGACACGAACGUACAGCCAACGACUGGCUAGAUGACCUUGAAAAGCUGUUCGGGGUGAUGAAGAGAGAUAAGAAAGAUCAGUACGAAAAGGUCAAGAUCGCAAUCAUUGACUCAGGUAUCAAUGACACAGUGAAGGGCCGUUAUAUGGCCGAAAAUAGUAUUGAGUACAAGGACUUCACUCAUGAGAUAUACAACGAUUCAUGGCACGGGACUUGCUGCACCAAGAUCAUUUUAGACAUGUAUGAAGAGGCACAGCUCUUCAUUGCCAGGGUAUUUGAGAAGGACCAUGCGAAUAAUGAAGAGGGACCAAUUCGAAUGGCCAAGGCUAUUGAUUGGGCCAUGAGUAACUGCGUUAACAUUAUCAGCAUCUCCGCUGGAAUUCGUGACUAUUCAAAGGAGCUGGAUGAAGCCGUGACCAGGGCCAAGGCGGCUGGCACUCUUGUCGUUGCCGCAGCUGCAAAUUGGUCAAACACUGGCACUGUUGCGUUUCCAGCACGACACAAUCUCACCACUAUGUGCAUAUACUCAACCAACAUGGGCAACCAGAGUUCAAAUUUUAACCCAGAACCAAGAAGUGAUACAUCUAACUUUGCCGUUCUGGGAGAGGGGUUCCAGCACUCAGACCAAAAAAGAAAUGAACAAAUGAGUGGGACAUCAAUGGCCACUGCUGCUGCUGUGGGACUUGCCGCUAAUAUUAUUGACUUCUCCCGUCAAGAAGAUAACAAGUCGUAUAUCUGCAGAUCACAAGAUGUAGGCAAACUCGCCGGCAUGUUGUCAAUCUUCAGCUCUAUAUCCAGGCCUGCUGGACCUCUUAGAUAUGUGGCACCAUUGGACCUAUUGCCUGCAAAUCAUGGAACCAACCGGGAAAGGGGUCGACAGAGAGUUCGGGAAAUUCUGUCAUUGGCAAUGGAAAGAGCGAACUAG